AUGACGGCUCGGCAUUCCCCAGUGGACCUGACGACGGAUAAUUCCGCUCUCAUCUACCGGUCGUUUGGGGACCCGCAACAAGUGCUGCACCUCGAGACCGCGCCCCUCCCCGCACUGAUACCAAGCAAGCUGCGCGUCACAAUGAUAUAUGCGCCUGUCAACCCUUCUGACCUCAUUCCUAUUACGGGCGCCUACGCACACCGUGUCCAUCCCCCCUCUGUGGCGGGCUAUGAGGGCGUGGGUCUGGUGGUGUCUGCUCCAAAGACGCAUGCGGGGCUUGUCGGUCGCCGCGUACUACCGUUGCGCGGAGUGGGGACAUGGCAGACGGUCGUCGACUGCGAUCCUGAGCUGGCGGUGCCCGUUCCAGACGAGGUAGACGACCUCGUUGCGGCACGCGCCUACAUCAACCCCCUUGCAGCCAUAACGAUGCUGGACACAUGGCCGGUCGCGGGCAAGCGCGUCCUGCUAAGCGGAGCGGGGUCGGCGUGCGCUGAGCUGCUCGGGCUCUGGGCACUGAAGCAAGGUGCUACCACGGUCGUGGGCAUUUACCGUUCUGAGGAGCGCAAGGGUCGCCUUCUUGAGUGUGGUAUCAAGCCUGUUCAGACGGACGACACGGCCGCCGUAGCUGCUGCUGCGGCCGAAGCCGACCUCACCUUCGAUGCCAUAGGUGGGCACGUGGGCUCCGCCAUUCUCGACGCCAUGCGGCCUGGCACUGUGUUCAUCGCAUACGGUCUCCUAUCCGGCCAGCCACUUCGACCCUCGCGAACUCCCCGUGCGAAGUACGAGCUGUUCCAUCUGCGCAACCCCCUUGCAACCAUGACGUCUGCUGCGUGGCAAGGUCAGUUCAGACACAUAUGGCCCAUGCUUCUCAAACUGGAACUGCAGCCCGUCAAGGUCUUUCCCCUGGAACACUGGCAAGCGGCAAUUGAAGAGGCAAAGCGGCCCGGCGGGACAAAGCCCAUCCUCAGCUUUCCUUUCCGCUACAGUAGCAUAAACUAG